AUGGAAUUGUGGAAGUAUGCAAGUACAGCAAGGAACGCUUUAAGGAAUGGAGAGUGUUCGGAGCCUUCGGACAAACAGGAGCAGCAGCUGGGGAUGAAGAGGAAAACGCGUAAGAAGAACAGGAAUAGGAAGAAGAGCAACGCGCUGCCUGUGAGACAGUGGAAAGUUGGUGACAGCUGUAAUGCCACUUGGUCUGAGGAUGGUAAUAUGUACCUAGCAACUAUUGCCUCCAUCAAUCAGAAGAGGGGCACGUGUGUUGUUACUUACACAGGAUAUGGAAAUCAGGAGGAGCAGAGCCUGUCUGAUAUACUUCCUGCAGCCGGUGACGAAACAGUAAAUGGGAUGGGGAAUUCUGGGGAGAAUGAAAACGAGACUCCAUAUUCAACAGAUGAAAGCGAAAAAUCUUCCCAGUCACCUCGAAACAAGAACAACUGCACAAAAGCAAGAUUAUCCCCUCAAAACCUACGUUUUCCCACCCCACCACCAGCUGCAGGCCUGGGAGGGGCUGGAUCAAAAUUCAGGGCAUCUCCAUCGUUUUUAUCUUGCUGGCCCCCGCCCUUCCCAGCAGGACCACCAUUGAUUCCUCCUCCACCACCUAUGAGGCCGGACUCUCCUGAGGACGAUGAAGCAUUGGGGAGCAUGUUGAUAGCCUGGUACAUGAGUGGUUAUCACACUGGGUAUUACCUGGGUUUAAAACGAAGUCGAAUGGAAGCAGCACUGGAGAGAGAAACGCAUGGAAAAUAA